AUGGCAGAGAACCCUUACAAUGCUUCGGAUCUGAGUUCAGUCCUCCACACGCUGUCUAGCUUGACGGCACCGGGUACUACAUCUCGAAGCGCUUCUUCAAGUCAGGCUGGGACUCCGGACCCUCGUCAGGCUCGCCGGGAGCGAGCUUAUACACCGCGAGAGUCGGCUCCCAGUACGCAAAAGAGACAAUCAGAUUCAUCGGCCGUCGAUCCAUCUACUAUCACGACAUGGCCUGCAGCGCUCCGAUAUGUAAUGCGCACUGUCGGCCAGAAUGAAGAGACUCAGCUUCGUAUUCGCGGGCUGAUCCGUAGCCAGCAUAACCAUGAGCGACAGUGGUGGAAAGGCCGUGAAGCCCUGCUUGAGAGACAACAAGCGCGUGGCGACAAGAAGAAAGAGCUCGACGCUGUAUUACGCUCGAUCGGUGCACCCAUUGACUCGAAAACGACAACAGAUGAGAACUCAGAGCAAACUGAGCUGGAUGAAUACGACAGAAAAGUAUACAAGGCCUCUGCACAAAUGGCCGAGGCGCUCAUUGCAGAGCUGCGCGGGAUGAAGAUUCCCUUUUUCGGGCUCCAGAAAAGCCUGAUUCAAGAUUCAGACACGCCAGAGGACGUGUCACCAAAUUUCAACACAGAUGGUCCUGGGGAUGUACCCUCAUCGAAAUUGACCAAACUUGAACAUGCGAAUCUACAGCGACGCAUGCUCGGAUUACUGGAGGAUCUUUGCAAGGAAUGA